AUGCGACUGACGUCAGAGGCCGACGGCGACGACGCUCGCGACGGAGCGCGCCGCGACGCGUCGCCAGUCACGAACAGCCGUCCGAUAGUCGACGAUAUGCCUCCGCUCCGGAGGGCCCUGCUCUGCUUCGUGCUGCUCUCGAUCGGCGCCGCUUACGCUGGCGAUCUCUUCAGCAACUCGUUUCUGGUGCGGUUCAAGCGCGACGUCGACCCGGGGGAGGCCCGCGACGUCGCCCAGCGACACGGCUUCGUCAACAUGGGUCCCGUUCUGGGAUCCAGGAGCGAAUACCACUUCGUCAAUCGAGCUCUACCUGUUGCUAGAACUAAAAGAAGUAUACCCCAUAUGAGAAAACUUAAAGUAGACCCGUUGGUGCACACCGCCGUGCAACAGCCCGGCUUCAUUCGCGUCAAAAGGGGCUACAAGCCCUUGAAGGUGGAGAACCUCGUCAAAAUCGAGCCUCACAAGGACCCCACCGACCCGUACUUCCCCUACCAGUGGUACUUGAAGAACACCGGCCAGAACGGCGGCAAAGCCAAGCUCGAUUUGAACGUCGAAGCCGCCUGGGCACAGGGAAUCACCGGCAAGAACGUCACCACUGCUAUAAUGGACGACGGUGUGGAUUACAUGCAUCCCGAUUUGAAAUUCAACUAUAAUUCUCAAGCAAGCUACGACUUCAGCAGCAACGAUCCCUAUCCGUACCCGCGGUACACCGACGAUUGGUUCAACAGCCAUGGAACUCGGUGCGCCGGAGAAGUGGCAGCUGCUCGAGAUAAUGGAAUUUGCGGGGUCGGCGUAGCGUACGAUUCGAAAAUAGCAGGAAUCAGAAUGCUGGACCAGCCGUACAUGACCGAUUUGAUCGAAGCGAAUUCCAUGGGGCACGAGCCGAACCUGAUAGACAUCUACAGCGCCUCCUGGGGCCCCACCGACGACGGCAAGACCGUCGACGGGCCCAGGAACUCCACCAUGAGGGCCAUCGUUAAAGGCGUGAACGAGGGCCGCAACGGCUUGGGAAGCAUCUACGUGUGGGCGAGCGGCGACGGCGGCGCCGACGACGACUGCAACUGCGACGGCUACGCGGCCAGCAUGUGGACCAUCAGCAUCAACAGCGCCAUCAACGACGGCCAGAACGCGCACUACGACGAGAGCUGCUCCUCCACGCUGGCCUCGACGUUCAGCAACGGCGCCAAGGACCCCAACACCGGCGUGGCCACCACCGAUUUGUACGGGAAGUGCACCACCACGCAUUCGGGCACGUCGGCCGCCGCCCCCGAGGCCGCCGGCGUUUUCGCGCUCGCUCUCGAAGCCAACAACAAGCUGUCCUGGAGGGACAUCCAGCACCUGACGGUGUUGACGUCGAAGAGGAACUCUUUGUUCGAUGCCAAAGGGCGGUUUCGUUGGACUAUGAACGGAGUCGGCUUGGAGUUCAAUCACCUGUUCGGGUUUGGGGUACUGGACGCGGGGGCAAUGGUGGCGUUGGCGAGGCGCUGGAAGACGGUGCCGCCGAGGUUCCAUUGCGAGGCAGGCGAUAUCAAGGAAAUCCAUAUGAUUCCUUCGAAGAAAUCGGUGAUUUUGAAGAUAACGACGGACGCUUGCAAAGGCCAGAACACCGAAGUGCGUUAUUUGGAGCACGUGCAAGCGGUGAUUAGUUUGAACGCGUCGAGAAGGGGCGAUAUCGAGCUGUUCCUGACCUCGCCCAUGGGAACGAGGUCCAUGAUACUGAGCAGAAGGCAGAACGACGACGAUUCCAGGGACGGGUUCUCCAAGUGGCCCUUUAUGACUACGCACACGUGGGCUGAGUACCCGCAAGGUACAUGGCUGCUCGAGGCUAAAUUUAAUUCAGAAAUUCCGCAGUCCGGGUAUCUGAAGGAGUGGUCGUUGAUUUUGCACGGGACAAAAGAGCCGCCCUACACGGAAUUGCCGGUUUUAGAUCCGCAUUCUAAAUUGGCGAUCGUCAAAAAAGCGCACGAGAGUCGCAGCAAAAUGUAAUAUUUUUGUUUCUGAAGAUAUUUCAUUUUUUAUUUUCAAUUUUCCAACGAAACAUAAUUUGAUCUCGUUUUUUUUAUCGUUGAUUUUCUUUGAACGUUUAAAUAAUUUUCGUUCCGUUAAAAAUCUCUAUAAAAAUGUUACAUUUAAGACUAUAAUGAAAGCGUUACUUUUCCAAAAUAUUAUAGACAAACUAUUGUGUAUAAGAGCAUGUAAACUAAUCGAGGCAAAUAAGACGUAUAUACAAAUAUAAAUAUUAUAAAGUAGAAUAGUUCGAAUAUUUUUGAAAUGUUUUUUUGUUUGAGCGGUGGCAAUUUAAAAUAAUUCUAAUAUUUAUACGACACAAUAAAAGGGGCACCAAUUAUUUCGUACGGCGACGAUCCUCGCCGACUUGUACAUACAAGUUUGAAUUUUCCUCCUUUCCUCGUGCAACUAUUGAUUCGACACACACACCCACAUUCUAGAUGAUAGUUUCUACUAAAGUAUAAUAAUGUACGAGUAUAUAAAUAUUUUUUAUUUUGGC